CCUCAAAGUCAACGCAUGCGCAUACGACCCUUUCCUAUGUGCUAAUGGCGACAUGUGCUUGUAUCAGACAAAUGUCUGUUUUCCCAAGCCUUGUUAGUCUAAGUGCAACCAUAAACACUCCAUAUAACACAGUCUUCCAAUAGCGGAGUAGACCAGCUAACGCCUGGGACCAUAUGAAACCUCAAACAAGACGGGGAACAGAAGAAACAUUGACCUGUAUGUUCCAGUUUCUCCGAGCAACGUGGUGAAAUUUUCAGAAGAGAAAAGUAUGGAUCAUAUUUUGAUCUGAUAUUGUAUCGCAAGCUACAUACCCAGUGAAUUGGAUAUUGACAAUUCGAGGACAUAUCUAUUUAUUAUUGACGUUAGGAGCUAAACUUGCACAAUGUCGGCUGAAGUCGCGCAAGCUCCAAAGACUGAUUUCGCUCAAACUGAGGCACCCGUGUCUGAUUCUAGCCCUCGAGCUACAGAAUCUAUUUCAAAACCAGUAGUCAGUGAACCUGUUUCGCCACCAUCUCAGGAAGACAAUCCAAUUCAAGGGGAAUCUGAUAAUAUUGAUUCUAAAGACAGUGCUAAAGGAGAGCAAGAGGCUUCAAAGCCAAAAGUAUUUAUCGAAGCCCCUCCUCCUAAGGUAAACCCGUGGAAGAAGAAUGCUCCACCUCCUACAAAGACAAUUCCAACGGAGCAAAAUAAACCAACAUCACAACAAAAAACAAACACUGUGAAUGCUCCAAAGCAAAAAACUUCACAGAAAAGUGUGCAAAAGCCUUCAUCGCAGAAACCUGCUCAAAAGAAUGCACAGAAAGUACAAGGGAAACCCUCUCCUAAACAACCUGUGAACGUGAAGCAAACACAAUCUAAACCAGAACCCACCUCAUCAGCAUUAGCUGAGAAGAAUGAUGGGGGCAAACCUAAAGAAACACAGAUCCUUCCAGUGCCAGACCCCCCUCCCUCUGUAUGGAAGGCAGGUCCUAAAGGAACAGAGCCAGAAUCUGUAGCUAGAGUGGUGAAACCUGCAGAAAAGGAAAAGGCCUUUGCGGACCCCCAACAAUGGCCCACCCUUGGUGAAGUGGUACAGCCCACAGAUGCAGCAGUCAAGAAGCGACCUGCCCAAAGUGCCAGCCCUCCCCUCCCAGAGGCACCUAGCCCUGAGCCCCAGGAGACUCAAGAAUCUCCAAGGGCCCCACCCCCAGACUCCCAGUCCCAAACAGACUCCGGGGGUGAUGAUUCUGCCAAAGAAAAUAAAGAGAAUAGUAAUGGAUCUCAGGAGAAUAGCAGGACGCCUAAGAAAAAAGGCUUCAUUUCAGAUGGUAAAAAAGGCAAAUGGGUGCCUAUGGAAAUUGAGCUGCCCGCAAGGGACCGUCCUGGCCGUAGGGCUAGGAAUGACGGCACAGGCUCUCCCCGGGGCCGUAAAGAUGCUCGUACACGUAGCGAUCGCUACAAUCGCUCAGAGAGGGCUGAUCGUGAGAUGCAAGAGAAGGAAAGAGGUUCCAAUUCCUCCAACUGGCGAGAUCAUGCAGAUGAGGAUCAACCAAGCCCUCGAUUUAGAGGGCGUGGUGGUGGAUAUAGGGGCAGAGGAAGAGGGCGUGGUAGAGGCAGAGGGCGUGGUGCACGGUCAUUUGAACACAAAGAGUUCAAACCUGAAGAAAUACCAGGAUUCUUUGAAAUGGACCCUGCUUUAGCCAACACCUACGCUGGGGGAACUGUGUUUUUUAACAAUGUGCAAUAUAUGAAAUCAGAGGACCCCCUUAUGAAGGACUACGUUAGAAAACAAGUUGAAUACUACUUUAGCAUAGAGAAUCUUCAGCGGGAUUUCUUCUUGCGACGUAAAAUGGAUGUUGACGGUUGGAUCCCAUUGAGUCUGAUUGCAAGCUUCCACAGGGUACAGGCGCUAACACAGGACGUCAAGGCGAUCAUAGAGAGUGUCGUGGGCAGUACAGAGGUAGAACUCUCUGAGGAUCACAUUAAAGUACGAGCCCUCCAUGACCCAACAUCAUGGCCAUUGGAUCCAGUUGUUUCCGUGUCACAGCUCCACGCUGAUGUGCCAGAAUUUGUUCCGGGCCGAGCAUAUGUGCCACCACAGUUGCCAGAAACUGAAUCCGCCCCAACUUCACCUGGAGCGAGACUAGGGGCCCACGAUGAUGAUGAAUAUGAAGACGAUCAUUUCGCAGAGUCUGACCCCACAGGGUUAUCUGUGGGAGGCCACACCCCCGGUCUAUCCUCCAGUGCCCCUGAGCGACAGGGAGAAUGGAUGGAAGUGAAUAAACGUCGCAAGCCAAAACCUGAAAAAAAGAUCCCUUCUCAAAAGGAUGAACCUGAGGAACUUGACUUCAUGUUUGAUGAAGAAAUGGAACCAGGACAAUUUGGACGAAAAAAUGCAUUUACAGAUUGGAAUGAUGACGAUAGCGAUGAUGAGAUUGAUGACCAAGAAAUCAAUAAAAUUCUUAUCGUCACCCAGACGCCACCUGCUUACCGAAAACACCCAGGAGGUGAUCGCACAGGAGAUUAUGUCCCCAGGGCAAAAAUAACACAAGAGUUGGCGAAAGAAAUUAACGAUGGCUUGUAUUACUAUGAAAGUGACCUCUGGGAAGAGGAUGGUUUACAAUGGGAAGAAGACAACAAGACAGUCCAAGUGAUCACCAAGGAACAGUUUGAAAGUAUUGUUCCAAACCAGAAACUGCCAGCCCAAACAGUACCCCCUCCCCCUCCACCCAUGCAUACUGAAGAAAUAGCAAUACCAGCAUCAGGAGCACAUCAGGAGAUCCCUGACCAGGCGACAUCGCUUCCCGUUCAGAUUAAGGAUGUUACUCCCAAAACUCCCCGCACACCUCGCACUCCACGAAAGAACCAACAAGAGGCACCCAGGUUCUAUCCAGUUGUCAAAGACAAAGGACCCGAUCCACAGACUCCCAGGAAACGAAAGACUCGUCAUGGCAAGAACCCACCCCAGGAGAGCCAUGUUGGCUGGGUGAUGGAUAGCAAGGAACACAGGCCUCCAAGGUCAAGAACCACCUCCACAAGCUCACUUGGACAGAGUCCAUCAGAGAGCACAGUAUCCACCAGUUAUGGGACUCCACAAACUUUCCCCAACUUCCAACACCCUUCGCAUGAAUUGUUGAAGGAGUCUGGCUUUGUAUGGCAUGUCUACCACAAAUAUCACUCUAAAUGCUUAAAAGAGCGUAAGAAGCUUGGUGUUGGAGUCUCCCAGGAGAUGAACACUCUCUUUAGAUUCUGGUCAUUCUUCUUGCGGCAACACUUCAACAAGAAGAUGUACCAGGAGUUCAAGACCCUCGCUGUGGAGGAUGCCAUUGCUGGAUAUAGGUAUGGUGUUGAGUGCCUGUUCAGGUUCUUCAGCUAUGGGUUAGAGAAGAGAUUCAGACCAGAACUUUACAAAGAUUUCAUGGAGGAAACACUACGAGACUAUGAAUCCGGUCAGUUGUAUGGACUUGAGAAGUUCUGGGCAUACUUGAAAUAUUCCCGCAAACAUACUGAGGUCGACCCAAGACUCACUGAAUGCCUGUCGAAGUAUAAAAGACUUGAAGAUUUCCGCGUUGAGCCACCAAUUGAGGAGGGUGGCAUCGUUCAUGUGCCAUCAAUAGCAGGAAAACACCCCCCUCCUGCAGGACCCAAACGCUCCCGUGGAACCCGCAGCAAAAGCGAAUCAGACAAGUCCUUGGUCCCGCAAACUUCAAAAUCAUCAAAACCAAAAACAGACUCUUCGAAAUCAAAAGCUCAUAAAGACAAUGUACCAGCCAAAUCUGGAAAAUCGGAAACUUCAAAAAGUGAAACUGCACCUUCAUUAAGUCAGCAUUCCACACCGACGAUUCGGGAAAACUAAGUGUAUAAAUUCAAGAAAAAGAAUAUUUAAUCAACGUUAAGAUUUUUGAUUGGCCAGUUGUAGUUAUUGUGCCUUUUAGUAGAAAAUUUACCAUAUGUGCAUACACCACACUGUUGUAACAUCAAACUGGGCCCAGUUGAGUAAAAAUUUCAUGAUUUACUUGACUGGGCCCAUGCUACUAUUUGGCUUGAAAAGACUGGUUUUCACGAGUAAGGUUUGGAGAAAUGCUUCUUGAUGAUCGAAACUAUAUCCACUGCAGUAUUGUUUGUGUUACUAAUUGAUUAAUUAAAUGUAAGAGAUUUAUGAUGUAAUGUAUUCAUUUAGUGAGAUUUGGACAGGACUGAGCUGUUGCUCAAAAUAUCAGUGAUGGAUUUGGACAGUUUCCAGGACUGAGCUGUUGCUCAAAAUAUUAGAGAUGGAUUUGGAUGGUUUUCUAGGACUGAGCUGUUGUUCAAAAUAUCCUUGAAAGAUUCUUUGACAUGGCUAUGUAUAUUAUGAAAUGGUUCCCUGGUGUUUCAUACAGGCAGCUUAUAGUGUGUUGUGUUUAAAUACUACAUCGUGUUGGUCUAUGCAUAGUAUCACAAGGCUGAAACUAACUAACUGCUCCAAUAUGUAUAUCUAUAGGCUUCAAGAUAAAAGCUUCAUUGCCAAAAUUCUAAGCUCAGAUCUCUUGCCUUAAAGUAGAGUCCAUGAGAUUCAGAUAAAAACACAUGCUGUUUAGUCUGGCAACCACGGAGGCUUGCUGUAAAAGGCAAGCUAUGUUUAGGUCAAAAAUGGUUAAUAGGGGAAACAGCUACAUGUUUUUAUUAUUUUAAAGAGUGCUUGUAUUUGAAUGUGGUCCACCCUUUUAUAAGUAUCUUCUUCCCUUAUUAAGUUUAGAAGGAUAAAGAAAAUAGUCAUAAUUAGGUCUCUAGAAAAGCCAAUUGAGUAAUCCCCCUGGCAUAUAAUAUUGUACAUUCAGGGACAAGUCUUAAAACGUGUAGCUCUAUCGCCUCAAAUAGAUGUAAUUAACAUGAAAUGUUUGAUCAAAUGAUCAAUCCGCCAAAUUGACCAUGUCAUUUCUCGUAUUGGCAGUGUGAUUGGAAACAUACUGAAUUUUACACCUUGACAUUUGCCAACUAAAUGGUGGAUAUUCUGAAUACCAACAAACAAAGUGUUUGUGUGUAAAAUGUGCAAGAAACACCUUAAUUGCCAACACGUUUCAGUAAUAGAGCGGCUACUUUCCGUGACAUUUGUUCUUAAUAAGGACAAACAGGAAAAUGC